CAAUGAAUCAAAAUUAUACUCCAUCAGAUCUUAAAUUAGCCCACCAAAUUGUCCAAGAAGAUUUAUUUAAUUCACUAACCCAGUUAAAAAACGGUGAAAGCUUAAGAUUAGGUAAUUUAGGUAAAUUUACUAAAAAAGAACACCAAAUUAAAAGUGCUCUGUUUAAAGAUAAAUUAG